CUCCAGAUAAAUAAAGAAGGACACGUUUAAAGGCUAUUUGAGUAUCAACUGAUUCAUAGAGCAAUCCAUAUCGCUUCUACCAUGUCGGAGUAUUAUACCGUCUCAACAAAGCUGGCGAAAGUUCUGGUAAUUGUUUUCCUUUUUGGGACUAUUCCAUCAAUAAGUGCUUCGGGUUUAUGCUACGUUUUGGAAACGAACCAGACGUUACAACAUUAUUGCGAAUGGAGCAACUGGUUUCCAUGGAAUUGUUUGUUUUGCGGCCGAGGCAUACCUGGCAGUUUCUCCCUGGCCUCCCGGACACGAAGCAUCUGCUGCGACCAGAAACUUCUACCGGAAUCCUGUCGCGAUUCGUGUAAAGUAACAAACGAUGACGUCAAGCAAACGGGCAUAUGUGAAACCGAAUGCCCACAUUUAUACUAUACUACGGCAAAGCUGAUUUUGCCUAGUACAACGAACGCACGCACUUCGACUUCAACAGUCACCAGUAAAGCGGAUUUACAUAGGAUCACAAGUCCGAGUACUACGCUUCAUCGCGAAAUUCAACCAAUUUCGACGCUGCCUCGUCUGAUACGAUCAUCUUCAACAAACUUGGUGGUGUCAACGUCUGUCGGUGUGUCUACUUCACACAAAGACACUACGCUUCACAUCGAAAUCCAAUCAACUUCGACGCUGCCCCGUCUGAUAAGAUCAUCUACAACUAACUUAGUGAUGUCCACAUCUAACAAUAUGUCUACGUCAAAAGUAAUUUUAGAAGAGACCUCUGCAAAAACGUCAACAAUAAGAUCAACGACGUUUAAUGAAACAUGUGUACCAAACAAAACAACGUUACCUAUUUCAAAUGCAAGUUCGCGAUUAGCGCAAACAAUUUUAUUUCGAUCUACAAUACCAAACGUGGCGACAACGGACUUAAACGUACAUUCAAUUAACCAAACUUCAUCUAUUUUCAUUAGCCGGAAAACAACCAAUCCGAUUCGUUAUAUAACUUCAUUAAAUUCGUCGACGAAAUCAACCCCGGUAACAACUCGGAAAUCUAAAGGAUCUCAGAACAUAUUGUCUUCUAAUUCGACUACCACGGCGCCCUAUGAUGCCACAUUAAACUCACUCUAUACGCCAACGGCAUUAUCACCGCUUCUUAAUGUUUCCGUACCAGUGUCAGAGACGGCGUCAAAGUCGCAUGGCGCUGCACAAAGACUUCCUGAGAUGGCCACCAACUAUGGCACGACAUUCCCAAAAGACAUAACGCAUGAAAGUCCUACUUUCAAUGCAGGCUUAGCAUCGCCCCAGAGCAAGGUAACGGCUGUCAGCCAGUCUACUGUAAAUCGGGGCUUAGCAUUAGAUCAGAGCACUCUAACGGUUGACAACAAGUAUUAUGUCAAUAAUGGCCAGGUAUCAUCCCAGACAAACACAACAGCUUCGAACCAGUAUACGCAGCAUGGAGGCUUAGCUGAAAACAUUGCUGGUCACGGAAAUUCGAGUAUUUUAUGGGCAGUGGUUCAUACGCACGGAAUGUCUAGCGAUGAUCAGUGUUGCUAUCUUUGGUCUUGGAGGUUGUACAGUAGGGGAAGUUUAAGAUUAUGUCUGUUUAUUCUGGUGUCCUUCUAUGUAACCAUAGCCACCACAGGGUUUCUGGUCGUCCUGCGUAUAGUCAUGGGUUACAAUAACCGGAAGUCACGUGUGCAUACAAACGCUUAACCGCAAUUCAACGACAGUGUGUGGUAAAACGACUAAACAUUCACACGGUAGAAAACGAUCUGUUUUAGUGUGUCGUUAAAGGGGCCUUUUCACGUUUUGGUUAAUUGACAAUAUUGAAAAAAAGUUGUUUCAGAUUCGCAAAUUUUCGUUUAAGUUAUGAUAUUUGUGAGGAAACAGUAAUACUGAACAUUUACCAUGGUCUAAAAUAGCCAUCAUAUGCAUCUUUUGACGAGUUAUCAAGUGUUGCAACGCGAAACGAUUGAAUAAUUUGGAGAGUUCUGUUGUUGUCGUUAUAUUUUGUGAAACUACGAGGAUUACUUAUAUAUAGUAUAAAAUACAUCUGUCAUUGUAUCCGGAAGCAUGGCCGAGUAGUCUAAGUAGUAGACUUUUUACUCCAGGGGUCAGUGGUUCGAGCCCUGCUGAGGGUUACCUUUUUUCUUUUUUAAAUUUUAUUCUUGAUUUUUUACUGGAGCUUUUAAGAUCAAAUGUUUACAAUUAUCAAUAUAAAGCAUUUAAUGACAAACUUCAAAACAUGCCAAAAUCGGUGAAAAGGUUCCUUUAAAGGUGCCUUUUCACAGAUUUUGGCAUUUUUUAACUUAUUCAUUAAAUGCUUUAUAUCGAUAAAUGUAAA